UGCCAGUCGACGAAAUGCCCAUCGCCUACAGGCUACGAGGUACAUAGAGCCAAAGAGUCGCUUGCUGCCCUUUACUGGUCGGCUUCAAAGUUGUGCGGCGUGCCUGUCCUUGGUGGGUACGUACUUCCGUAAUGUUAUGUUGCACUGACAUCCAUCUUCCCCCCCUCUCUUGCACUUGCACCAAAACACGACAACGGAGGCCACCACUGCACAACAAAGUCGCACAAGCAUCUCCUCAGCAUCCCGUCUAUCCAUCCACAAUCCGCCAUCUCAAGUCCACCCAACGCGCACAACUUCCCUGGCGCUUGACAUACCUAGACAUUCACGGGUGCUUGUGCUUGGUGCUUGGUGCUUGGUCUGGAUCUCCGCUAAUCCAUCCCCAUACCCUGACUUCCCCCCCCGUUCUGCCCUGGGCCCGUUUCGGUACAUUCCAUGACCGUCACCUCCAGCUCCUUCUACCAUCGAGUAUCCGUACCGCAACGCCGCAUCUCAUCGCCAUCCCAUCCCGUCGUCGAUACCUGACCCUUCCUCUCUCUCUCCCUCUCUCUCUCUCUCUCUCGCCUUGUCUUGCCUCACCGUCUACUACAACCUGGCUACUUUCAACCUCGUCUCCUUUUCCCCAGGACCCAGCCUACCCAACGCAACGAGGGCUUCCUGUUAUCAGCAAGCUUCAGCCCGGCUCCUGCAACUCGGUCACCAGUUGCCUGUUGCAACUACACACUACCGAUACCAUCUCGAGUAGUCCGUUUCCGACUCACCCCUUCGCUACCCCAUCGAUCGCCGCGCCGCCCCUGGCAAGCGCUCCAUGAAGCCAUCGUCGGGCCUGAACUGAAACCUGCCGCCCACUCCCCCGGCCCUCUCCUCGACCUUCUUUUGGGAUAAGGCGCCGACUGUCAGUCGUCCUCGCCCAUCUGCAAGCCGGCAAACUUCAGCA